AUGUAUUUUAUUCACAAGCCCAAGUCCACGGUGCCCGCUCUGCUGCACCUCCCCCUCUCCUCCAGCAGAUGUCGCAGUUCGACCUGGCUUUGGCUUUGUUCCCUGGCCGCCUUUGAACAGCUCUCCUACGGCUGCUGUUUCCCGAGCUGCGCCCAUAACCACAGGACCAGAGGUGCUCCACAACAGGGUCGGGUCCCUGUGCUUUACCCUCUCCACGUCGCCCCCUAG